AUGGCGAAUGUCGAUUCGAUACGAGCGGUACUAUUUUCAAAGAAUUUGGAUCCAAGUCAUGUCAAGCCAUAUACUGGUCUUCAUAUCAAUGCAACUGGUGAUUUGAUUUUAUCAACACCAUCACUCGACUCUUAUCGAGUUAAUAACGAUCCACUUUAUCGCUACGAAGGAAAUAUAUCGGCACGGCUUUCAAAAGAAAUUGAUCAUCGUAUUUUAUCUUAUGAUUCGCUCGAAAGUCAGCGUUAUCAAUCGCUUCGAAUGAAACAACCAUUGCCAAAUAAUGUAACAAGAGUUUUAAAAGAACGACUCGGUUCUGUUGCUUCGCCUCGUGCUGACCCAUCGAAAACAAUUCGUAUGAAAACAGCGCCAGGCUAUCGAUUUCUUGUAGAUAAACUUCCAAAUCAAGAUCAAACGAUGAUUUCACAACGAUUUAAUAAAUUAAGUCCAUUCGUGACAGAACAUGGAAACAAUCCAAAUUCUAAUCCGGUUCUUCGACAAUCUGUGGUUUAA